CAGGCGUGCCGCACGGCUCGAGUGAAGUGACGCCCGCGGCACGGUGCCGCGCGGCGUGUACGAUAGGCUACGGUGCCGCUGGUAAUUGUACGGUGGAGGAGAUUUGAAAACAUUUGUACCGCGCGCUCCUUACAGCCCGUGCCGCGCGGUACAAGAAGUGACGCCGGCGGUACGGAGUUUAAUUUGCUCCCUAGAAUAAUUUUGGAGCCAGCAAGGAGGCUCUGUCCUGAGAUUUGUUUUGUCUGCCAGAGGAGAGUCAGAGACGAGGCAGUCAGUCGAGGGUCUAUGUGUGAGAGUGUGUAAUCUUGUGAGAAAGAAUUCCACUCCACCACUCCAUUUCUAUCUAUCUAAAGAGGUGGGAGGGAGCUCUUCUCUUCCCAUCCAAAAUCCCAUUUUUCUCGCGCAAAAUCCCGUUUUUCCGUGCCACUCCUCUCCCGCGCGAUCGAUCUCGCCACUGGGCGCUCGCCUCCCAAUCGCCCUCUUCCUCCAUUUUCCUCUCUCGUUCUUUCUUCUUCCUCUCUUCUUCUCGGUAGGUUUGUGGGUGUUUCGAGUUCGUUCGCCAUCGUUUUCCAGGUGAAGAGCAACAGAGCGUGAGGAGGAAAACUAGCAGCCAGGAGAGAAAUCAAUGCUGCUUCCAUCUCCAUCGCUGGAAAGCUCUUCGUCUUCUUCUUCUUUCUCUCGCUCUUAAGUCUCUCUUCUGCUGGCGCCCGUGACUACGUACUAUUCCAUUGCCCAAUCGAGGGAAUUGGAGACGCGAGCUUGGAAUUCGAGCGAGGGGCCAAUGUAGGCUCUCUGGGAGCCAAGGAACGAGCAAUGUCCGUGGAGGUGAUUGAUUCCUCCUCGCAGCAGCAGCAAUCGUCGAGCAAAAUGGUGGAGGGAUCGACCAAGCAAGUCGCCAUGAGUCCCAAGCAUCACGCACUACUCCUCGAAGGAGGAAGAACACGAGAGGAGCUGAUUGGAAUCCAUAGCCGCCACGCAUCAGAAUCUCUCCUCCUCAAAGGCACCUCUCCAGUAGCGCUCGAGAGCAAUGGCUAUGGAUGGUCGACGCCAAAGCCCGACGCAGCUCUGCUCAAGGUGAUGAAGCUCCAGGCCAGCGGCGGUGGGGGCAAGAAGAAUGGCGGAAGAACAGCGGCGCAGCCGGGGUCGCAGGAGAACCGGAUCACCACCGACGAGGAAUCCGCGGACUACGACAGCAGCCUGGAGAACACAUCCAGCGUCUCCAGCUUUGAUUUUAACAGCCGAGGAGAUCCACAGCAGCGCUCCGGCGGUGGCGGCGCCACCACUACCGCGCGAUCGAUGUUGAAGCCAGCUCCCUCGAAGUGGGACGACGCCGAGAAGUGGCUCGUCUCGUCAGAUGGAGCGGCGAUCAAGAGCAGGAUGAUGGCAGCGCCCAAGAUGCAGCAACUGCUGUCCUCGAUCCCCAAUCACGUCAUUAUCAAUGCGAGCAAGAAGGCCGCGCUGCUCGGGCAGCCACCGCGCGGUACCGCCGGUGCCGCCGGCGGUAUGAUGCCACCGCCGGACGAUAAGAAGAUCGAUGGCCCCGCGGCGUACAAGUUCUCUUUCAUGCCCAGCCCCGGCGGAGGAGGAGGAGGACCUGUGAAGACGCGAUCGAUGAGCUCGCUCGAUCGCUACCCGCUGGAGGAGCUCCACGAGCUGGCUUGCGACGAUGCCAAGCUCAAGCUGGUGACCAACUUGGCCCAGGACGCGAUCGACGACGCCGUGGACGAUGAUCUCUCGAAGCCGGCCCUCCGGACCGAGAAGCCCACCUCGGACUUCUCAGAUCAUCCGGGCGCCAAGGGCGAGCACCAGAGCCCCGGGGGUAACGGAGGCGGCGGCGGCGGCGUAGCAAACCCCGCUACGUCGUACGUAGCGCCGCCGGGGCUGAGGUCGGUGUCGAUGCGCGACAUGGGGACUGAGAUGACGCCCAUUGCGAGCCAGGAGCCGUCGAGAACGGGCACCCCGAUAAGAGCCACCACCCCGACCAUUCGGAGCCCGGUAUCCUCUCGGCCCUCCACGCCCGGGCGGAUCACAGCCACCAUUGACGACGAUGGUGGUGGUGGUGGCGGCGGCGAAGGUGGCGGUGGAGUAGCGGCGGCGGGGAUUAGCAGCGGCAGCCAGACGCCCGGGAUGAGCGAGCACCUGGUGCUGUCGGAGAAGCACAAGACGAGGCAGGAGAUUCGAGCGCUGGGAGCGCAGCUGGGCAAGGCAAACAUCGCUGCCUGGGCGUCGCGCGAGGAGGAGGAGGAGGAUGCUUCCAAGUGCCUCAAGAACAUCGAUCUGGAGGAGGUGAAGAGGAAUGUGCUCGAGACGAGGGCGGCGGCGUGGGAGGAAGCGGAGAAGGCCAAGUACGAGGCAAGGUAUAAGAGGGAGGAGUCCAAGAUCGUGGCGUGGGAGAACCACGAGAAGGCCAAAGCCGAGGCCGAGAUGCGUCGAAUCGAGGUGAAAGUGGAGCGAAUGCGAUCGCACUCUCACGAGCAGCUCAUGAACAAGCUGGCGAUUGCGCGGCGGAGGGCCGAGGAUCUGCGAGCCGCGGCCGAGUCCCGGCGAGUAGAACAGGCCGCCAAGACGGCUCAAAGAGCCGACUACAUCCGGCAAACCGGGAACAUGCCGGAGGCGACUUCUUCGCCUCUCUCGGCGUUUCUUCGCAUCGGGCGAUGGUGUUGCUGAUACAAAAGAGAGAGAGAGAGAGAGAGAGAGAGUGAGAACCAAAUGAUCAUGAAACAAAGAGGCAAGAUCAGUCAAUCCAUCCAAUCGAGACGCGUGAGACUCGAAAGAGAGAGGGAGGACAAGAAAACAAAUUGAAAAGCUCGAGAGUUUAAACCGAGGUG